AUGACGGCCACGCAACCCACCCAGCGCGUCACUCGCUCAUCCGCCGCAGCUGCUACCUCUGUAGAGCAGCCCAAGUCCGUCUCGGCCCCUAAGGAGGGCGACGUCACAGCCCAUCUCGAGAAUGAGGUGAGUCCAACCUCGAGCUCAGAUCCUCCUACCAUCAACAAGAGCAACAUCUGUCUCUGCGGACAGCUGCACAAGCUCUAUGACUGCCUCGAAAAGCUAACCACCCAGCUCGCCUUCUACGCGUCCUACCACAGCAACCCCGUGAACAAGGCGAUCCACUUCGUUUUCAUUCCGCAGAUCCUGUGGUCCGCCCUCAUCUUCCUCGGAUACCUCAACCUGCCCGGGUUCACCUACGUCGAUGUCGGACCGGGACUCACCUUCCGUCCGUCGGUCGGCAUGCUGCUCGCGUUCGCGUUCCAGUUCUACUACAUCUUCCUGGACGAGUUUGUUGGCGGCACCUACAUCCCCGUCAUGGCCGCGCUGUACCUGACCUCGGGCUACCUCGCGAACCACAAUCCCGCGUGGCUCCCCCUCGCGACGGCGUUCACGGACAAGCCGUCCGCGCUCCCCUUUGCGCUCUUUGUCCACUUCAACGGCUGGUUCUGGCAGUUCCUCGGACACUUCAAGUUUGAGGGCCGCGCGCCGGCGCUCUUUGACAACCUGACCCAGGCCCUCGUGACCGCGCCGUUCUUUGUGCACAUUGAGAUGCUCUUUGGUCUCUUUGGCUGGAACCCGUCGCUCGAGAAGCGCAUCAUGAACCUGAGCGCCAAGCGCAUCGUUGCCAUGAACAAGGCCAAGCGCGCCAGGGGCAAGAAGGCCGAGUAA